AUGGACUCGAAUGUGCAUCUAGAAAUUGUGGGCUUGUUAACAGACGGUAACUUUCACGUUGCCAAAAGUAUUGCCGAGGGACUAAAACUGAAGUUUCCUGAUGCAUUUCUGGAUCCAAAAAUUCUGCCACUACUCGAAUUUGACUGGAACACAUAUCUGUGCAACAAGAAGAGGGAGUUGCGUGGCGAGGUGUGGCAGUACUCCAGCAGUCUGAUGUGCUUUCUGAACGGCCCUCUACUCGGUAAUGAGAUGGAUCUGGCCAGAUGGGCCAAGGAUCAGUGGAGUUUCACUUUCACUCGGCCGCAGGCUUUCUAUAUGGCUCUCGCUGAAGACUGCUACACCAAACACCUCAAGAAAAGUGGGCAUCGGUUUGUCUUCAUGGACAUUGAUAUAGCAGGGGAGGCAGCAGGAAGGUUAUUGUUUGAGCUGUUCUCAGAUGUUUGUCCAAAGACAUCAAAGAACUUCGAGGCACUGUGUACAGGAGAGCGAGGUCUGUCACAGAGCGGCCUCCCACUUUGUUACAAGGGCUCUGUGUUUCAUCGUGUCGUGCCCGAUGGCUGGGUGCAAGGUGGAGAUAUUUCUCCAGAAAGGAAAGGUAAUGGAGGGGAGUCCAUCUAUGGACCAACUUUUGAAGAUGAGAGCUUUGCUGUGUCCCACACUAAACGGGGCACUCUCGGAAUGGCCAAUAAGGGUCCCCACACCAAUGGGUCCCAGUUCUACAUCACCCUGCAGCCAACACCCUGGAUGGACAGGACCUACGUUGCCUUUGGCCAAGUGGUUGAGGGUGUCGAUGUCCUCAGGAGAUUAGAAGAGGCUAUAACUUGCAACGAAAGGCCCAAGUAUGAGUGUAAAGUUACAGAUUGUGGAGUGUUUAAAUUUUAG